AUGGCAUCACUCGACCCCCAAGACGCAAACUACGCCGACGACGAAGAAACACUCACACCACUCGAACAAGAAGUCCUAGAUGAAUACGUUCGAUUACUCGAGAACUUGAAUACCAUGUCCUCCCUCCUCCUCACCCUCUCCAACAACCCCAGCGCCGUAAUCCUUGACGGGCUGCGCGGUCUCGAACGUAAGACGUCGCUCGUAUUUACGUUGUUGAAGGCGAGUGUGUAUAGUAUUGUUUUGAAUCAGCAGAUUGAGACGGAUGGAGGGGAUGGUGGGGUUGGGGAGGAGGGUGGGGUUGAUGAGAUGUGA